CCCUCUUCUUUGAGAAGAAGAGAACCUAAUGAACCGAGGGGUAAAAGGAAGAGGUCGACUUGUCCAUACAAGCUUAAGAAACAACAAGCAACUAUAAGGUGUUCUAAAUGCCAUGAAACAUGUCACAAUGCUCUUAGAUGCAAGGUUACUGUACAAAACACAGAAGGACUAGAGAAUUCUAGUCAUGCACCACACCAACAGGAAGCAAAUGCAAAUGCCAAUAUCCCUAAUAUGAGGGAGAAGUUAAAGGAGGUUCAAGAAAAUGCCAAUAUUUUACCACCCAUAGAAGAUGAUUUGAUGAAUAUUACAAAACAAAACACAAUAGGUGUGGAGAAUUCAUCUAGUGCACAACAACAAAAGGAAAAUGCAAAUUCAAAGAUUUUACCACCCACCCAAGAGGAUCUGAUGGAUAGUGUGAUUUCAUAUCAGGAUUUGAUUGCAAAAAUUGAAAGCCAGGUUGACAGCAACAUAUAUCAAUAUGUGCAGCCUCACAAGCCAGGUCCUUCUCCAUUUGAGCAGCUGAAAAUGUCCUCAAAC